AGGAGCAGAGGCGAGAUGGGCGUCCUGGGCCGGGUCCUGCUGUGGCUGCAGCUCUGCGCACUGACCCAGGCGGUCUCCAAACUCUGGGUCCCCAACACGGACUUCGACGUCGCAGCCAACUGGAGCCAGAACCGGACCCCGUGCGCCGGCGGCGCCGUUGAGUUCCCGGCGGACAAGAUGGUGUCAGUCCUGGUGCGAGAAGAUCACGCCGUCUCAGACAUGCUCCUGCCGCUGGAUGGGGAACUCGUCCUGGCUUCAGGAGCCGGAUUCGGCGUCUCAGACGUGGGCUCGCACCUGGCCUGUGGCGCGGGCGAACCUGCCGUCUUCCGCGACUCUGACCGCUUCUCCUGGCAUGACCCGCACCUGUGGCGCUCUGGGGACGAGGCACCUGGCCUCUUCUUCGUGGACGCCGAGCGCGUGCCUUGCCGCCACGACGACGUCUUCUUUCCGCCUAGUGCCUCCUUCCGCGUGGGGCUCGGCCCUGGCGCUAGCCCCGUGCGUGUCCGCAGCAUCUCGGCUAUGGGCCGGACGUUCACGCACGACGAGGACCUGGCUGUUUUCCUGGCGUCCCGCGCGGGUCGCCUACGCUUCCACGGGCCGGGCGCGCUGAGCGUGGGCCCCGAGGACUGCGCGGACCCGUCGGGCUGCGUCUGCGGCAACGCGGAGGUGCAGCCGUGGAUCUGCGCGGCCCUGCUCCAGCCCCUGGGCGGCCGCUGCCCCCAGGCCGCCUGCCACAGCGCCCUCCGGCCCCAGGGGCAGUGCUGUGACCUCUGUGGAGCCAUUGUGUUGCUGACCCACGGCCCCGCAUUUGACCUGGAGCGGUACCGGGAGCGGAUACUGGACACCUUCCUGGCCUCAGUACCAGGGGCUGCAGGUGGCCGUGUCCAAGGUGCCACGCUCGUCCCGGCUCCGCGAGGCCGAUACGGAGAUCCAGGUGGUGCUGGUGGAGAAUGGGCCCGAGACAGGCGGAGCGGGGCGGCUGGCCCGGGCCCUCCUGGCGGACGUCGCCGAGAACGGCGAGGCCCUCGGCGUCCUGGAGGCGACCAUGCGGGAGUCGGGCGCACACGUCUGGGGCAGCUCCGCGGCUGGGCUGGCGGGCGGCGUGGCGGCUGCCGUGUUGCUGGCGCUGCUGGUCCUGCUGGUGGCGCCGCCGCUGCUGCGCCGCGCAGGGAGGCUCAGGUGGAGGAGGCACGAGGCGGCGGCCCCGGCUGGAGCGCCCCUCAGCUUCCACAACCCGGUGUUCGACGUGACGGCCUCCGAGGAGCUGCCCCUGCCGCGGCCGCUCAGCCUGGUUCCGAAGGCGGCCGCAGACAGCACCAGCCACAGUUACUUCGUCAACCCUCUGUUCGCCGGGGCCGAGGCCGAGGCCUGAGCGGCCGCCUGACCGUCGACCUUGGGGCUCUCCACCCCCUCUGGCCCCAGAACCUCCCUGACCCCAGUCGAACUGGGGGCUAGCCACCUCCUCGUCCAGCCCCCAAACCUCCCCUUCCUUUCCCCCUCCUCCGGGGGCCAAGGACAGGGUGGCCUUACUCAGUAAAGGUGUUUCCUGCACCGGCUGUCAGCCUGGAUAUGCCGCCACCGGCCCCGCCCAUGAGGACUAGGAGCCCAGCCUUGCGCCCCAUUCGCACUGGGGGACAUGGGAGGGGUCUAGCUGGCCACUGCUGGAGGCAGCGCUGGUCGUCACCUGGGCGGCCAGAGGCUGGGAUCUGCGAAGUUGAACCCAGAACUAGGAGUGGGGCUUCCCCCGCCUUCCGGUGAGGGGAGGGUGAG